UCAUUCAAAAUGAACAAGCUCCUGUUUGUGUUUUUGGUAGUCUUGAUUGCUGUGACUUUAGAAGUUUCAGCUCAAGGAGGGGGUGGCGGUGGAGGUGAAGCCGGAAUGGGUGGCGGAUUUGGGGGGAGUAUUGGUUUUUCAGCAGGAGCUGGGGCUGGAGCUGGGGGUGGUGCUGGGGCCGGGGCUGGUUUCGUGAACCACCCAAAAUUCAAACGAAGUCCAUGCGAAACCGCAGAAGCUGAAACUCAAGUUGAGGAAAAAGCCAAACAAGAAGAAGCCAAACAAGAAAAGGCCAAAAUCAAGAAACGAAGUGCGGAAGGUGAGCAGCAAAACGGGGAUGAUAAAGUAGGCGAACAAUAGUUAAAACGGGAUGUAAGGGUGAAAUAGAAUAAAAAAUUUCAUGCAAAUUUUUGUUGGACUAUUGACUGAUUUUUCUCUUUUCCUUUACCUUAAUUUUUUUAUUACAAUUUUUAAAGUCUCGAUUUUGCUUUGCCUUUUAUUAUUAGGUAAAUACACGCUAAUUCCAAAUUUCAGCAAGAAAACAUUUUUUCAAAAAAAAUUAUAUUUUGCCUUUGUUUUUCAUUUAUUUUAUA